AUGCUAGCAUUCAUGAAGGCAGACGGUGCACCCGGAGUCGAAGGGAGCCAGUUAUCCCCAGCUGGAGAUGCCAAAACACAACUAGCGCAUGCUCAAUGCAUGGAGGUGGCAGCAUGGCCCAGCUGUCAGAGACCAGCUCAGUUCUUAGACACCCCUGUUGCUGCUGUGGGACUCAGAACUGUUCUCAGGGCAUUAAGUGCCCUGGGAAUGAUUGAUGGUGCUGCCCGUUCACUGUACCCUGAGGAUCAGAAAAAGAGCAGGAUUCAGAAGGAACGCCAGUGGUGUGCUUCCCAGGUAUUAGGUUUUAGGAGGAAACAGCAAGAUUUUCGGAGGAGCCCCAGUAUGACCUGGGCAACAGUAGAGCAGACAGUUGGCUUGGUUGAUGAACCUCCAAAAAGGGAUCUAGAAGCCAUAUCUCACAAAACCCCCUUCCAUUCCAAGCUGUCUGCAGCAGUCUUGGGCUCUGUGGACCAGAUCCACAUCAAGCCAGGGGCCAAGGUGCUCUACCUCAGGGCUACCUUGGGUACCACGCUCUCCCAUGUCUCUGACAUCAUAGGCCAACAGGGUCUGGUCUGUGCAGUUGAGUUUUCCCACUGGCCCGGCUGUGACCUCAUUAAUUUGGCCAAGAAGAGAACCAACAUUAUUCCUGUCAUUGAAGAUACUCAGCACUUACACAAAUACCACAAGCUCAUUGCAAUGGUGGAUGUGAUGUUUGCCGACAUGGCCCAGCCAGACCAGACCCAGAUUGUAGCCCUGAAUGCCCACAUCUUCCUAUGUGAUGGAGGACACUUUGUGAUUUCCAUUAAGCCCAAUUGCAUUGACUUCACAGCCUCUCCCGAGACCAUAUUUGUCUCUGAAGAAAAGAUGCAACAGGAGACAAUGAAGGCCCAGGAGCAGUUGACUUUAGAGCAAUAUGAAAAAGACCACCCUGUGGUCAUAGGUGUGUACAAGCCACACCCCAAUGUGCGCUGA